AUGCAGAUCUUCGUCAAGACCCUCACCGGAAAGACCAUUACCCUCGAGGUUGAGUCCUCCGACACUAUCGACAAUGUCAAGAGCAAGAUCCAGGACAAGGAGGGCAUUCCCCCAGACCAACAGCGCUUGAUCUUCGCCGGCAAGCAGCUUGAGGAUGGUCGCACCCUGUCCGACUACAACAUCCAGAAGGAGUCCACACUGCACCUUGUCCUCCGCCUGCGUGGUGGUAUGCAAAUCUUCGUCAAGACUUUGACCGGCAAGACCAUCACUCUUGAGGUUGAGUCAUCCGACACCAUCGACAACGUCAAGUCAAAGAUCCAAGACAAGGAGGGCAUCCCUCCGGAUCAGCAACGCCUUAUCUUCGCCGGAAAGCAACUCGAGGACGGCCGCACCCUGUCCGACUACAACAUUCAGAAGGAGUCCACACUGCACCUUGUCCUCCGCCUGCGCGGUGGUAUGCAAAUCUUCGUCAAGACCCUGACUGGCAAAACCAUCACGCUCGAGGUGGAAUCAAGCGACACUAUUGACAACGUCAAGUCGAAGAUUCAGGACAAGGAGGGUAUCCCUCCGGACCAACAGCGUCUCAUCUUCGCCGGAAAGCAGUUGGAAGACGGCCGUACUCUUUCUGACUACAACAUCCAAAAGGAGUCUACACUUCACUUGGUGCUUCGUCUCCGUGGUGGUAUGCAGAUCUUCGUCAAGACUCUUACCGGAAAGACUAUUACAUUGGAAGUCGAGUCCAGCGACACGAUCGACAAUGUAAAGUCCAAGAUCCAGGACAAGGAGGGUAUUCCUCCGGACCAGCAGCGUCUCAUCUUCGCUGGUAAGCAGCUGGAAGACGGCCGAACGCUCUCAGACUACAACAUCCAGAAGGAGUCUACUCUCCACUUGGUGCUCCGUCUUCGUGGCGGACAAUAG